GGCUGGAAAUCAAAUGAAUGUCCAAAGAAGAGCUUAGGGUCUUAGUAACAUUCUUUUUUGAAAUAACUGUCUGCCAAAAUGUCAUUACACAGUACUCAUAAUAGAAAUAACAGCAGUGAUAUUCUUGAUAUUCCAUCUUCCCAAAAUAGUUCAUCACUGAAUGCCCUCACCCACAGUAGCCGACUUAAGCUGCAUUUGAAGUCGGAUAUGUCAGAAUGUGAAAAUGAUGAUCCAUUAUCGAGAUCUGCAGGUAAAGUCAGAGACAUAAAUAGAACUUAUGUUAUUUCUGUCAGUAAAAAAACAGCAGACAUGCCCCUUACCCCUAAUCCUGUAGGUAGAUUGGCACUUCAGAGAAGAACUACAAGGAACAAAGAAUCAUCUUUGCUUGGUAGUGAGUUGGAAGACACAGCUGAAAAAAUAGCAGAAACACGCCUUACAUUACAACGUCGUGCUAAAACAGAUUAUGCAGAAAAGUGGAAAACAGCUGAAACAGAUUCUGUCAAAAUGACACUGAAUGUGGGAGGUGAAACAGAAAAUAAUGGUGUUUCUAAGGAAAGUAGAACAAAUGUAAGGAUUGUAAAUAAUGCUAAAAACUCUUUUGAUGCUUCUUCUGUACCUUUAGAUGAAGAUCCACAAGUCAUUGAAAUGAUGGCUGAUAAGAGAUACAAAGAAACAUUUUCUGCCCCCAGUAGAGCAAAUGAAAAUGUUGCACUUAAGUACUCAAGUAAUAGAGCACCCGCUGCUUCCCUGAGUCAGACUGAAGUUGUUAGAUCAGGACACUUGACAACGAAACCUACUCAGAGCAAGUUGGAUAUCAAAGUGUUGGGAACAGGAGACUUGUAUCAUAGAAGUAUUGGGAAGGAAAUUGCAAAAACUUCAAAUAAAUUUGGGAGCUUAGAAAAAAGAACACCUACAAAAUGUACACUAGAACACAAAUUGACACCAAAGUGCGGCCUGCCUCAGGUUAAGAGCCCAGCUCCAUCAAUACUGAAGAAAAGAAUGUCUAACCUUCAAGUUAAACAAAGACCAAAAAGUUCUUGUCUUGCAAAUAAACAGGAAAGGUCCGCAGAAAAUACAAUCCUUCCCGAAGAAGAAACUGUAGUUCAGAACAUCUCUGCAGGAAAAGACCCCUUAAAAGUAGAGAAUAGUCAAGUGACAGUGGCAGUACGCGUAAGACCUUUCACCAAGAGAGAGAAGAUUGAAAAAGCAUCCCAGGUGGUCUUCAUGAGUGGGAAAGAAAUAACUGUGGAACAUCCUGACAUGAAACAAAUUUAUAAUUUUAUUUAUGAUAUUUCAUUCUGGUCUUUUGAUGAAUGUCAUCCUCACUACGCUAGCCAGACGACUGUCUAUGAGAAGCUAGCAGCACCACUCCUAGAAAGAGCCUUCGAAGGCUUCAAUACCUGUCUUUUUGCUUAUGGUCAGACUGGCUCUGGAAAAUCAUAUACGAUGAUGGGAUUUAGUGAAGAACCAGGAAUAAUUCCAAGAUUUUGUGAAGAUCUUUUUUCUCAAGUAGCCGGAAAACAAACCCAAGAGGUCAGCUAUCACAUUGAAAUGAGCUUCUUUGAAGUAUAUAAUGAAAAAAUUCACGACCUUCUGGUUUGUAAAGAUGAAAAUGGGCAGAGAAAGCAACCACUGAGAGUGAGGGAACAUCCUGUUUAUGGACCAUAUGUUGAAGCACUGUCAAUGAACAUUGUCAGUUCUUACGCUGAUAUCCAGAGUUGGCUAGAAUUGGGAAAUAAACAAAGAGCUACUGCUGCUACUGGUAUGAAUGAUAAAAGCUCCCGAUCUCAUUCGGUUUUCACCCUGGUGAUGACCCAGACCAAGACAGAAUUUGUGGAAGGGGAAGAACACGAUCACAGAAUAACAAGUCGAAUUAAUCUAAUAGAUCUGGCAGGCAGUGAGCGCUGCUCUACAGCUCACACUAGUGGAGAUCGACUAAAGGAAGGUGUGAGUAUUAAUAAGUCCUUGCUAACUUUGGGAAAAGUUAUAUCUGCACUCUCGGAACAAGCAAACCAAAGGAGAGUUUUUAUUCCUUAUCGUGAAUCUGUUCUUACAUGGCUGUUAAAAGAAAGUCUGGGUGGAAAUUCAAAAACUGCAAUGAUUGCUACGAUUAGUCCCGCUGCCAGCAACAUAGAAGAAACAUUAAGCACACUUAGAUAUGCUAACCAAGCCCGUUUAAUAGUCAACAUUGCCAAAGUAAAUGAAGAUAUGAACGCUAAGUUAAUUAGAGAAUUGAAGGCAGAAAUUGCAAAGCUAAAAGCUGCUCAGAGAAACAAUCGGAAUAUUGACCCUGAACGAUACAGGCUGUGUCGGCAAGAAAUAACAUCCUUAAGAAUGAAACUGCAUCAACAGGAGAGAGACAUGGCAGAAAUGCAAAGAGCAUGGAAAGAAAAGUUUGAACAAGCUGAAAAAAGAAAACUUCAAGAAACAAAAGAGUUACAGAAAGCAGGAAUUACAUUUCAAAUGGACAAUCAUUUACCAAACCUUGUUAAUCUGAAUGAAGAUCCACAACUAUCUGAGAUGCUGCUAUAUAUGAUAAAAGAAGGAACAACUACAGUUGGAAAGUAUAAACCAAACUCAAGCCAUGAUAUUCAGUUAUCUGGGGUGCUGAUUGCUGAUGAUCAUUGUACCAUCAAAAAUUUUGGUGGGACAGUGAGUAUUAUCCCAGUUGGGGAAGCAAAGACAUAUGUAAAUGGAAAACAUAUUUUGGAAAUCACAGUAUUACAUCAUGGUGAUCGAGUGAUUCUUGGUGGAGAUCAUUAUUUUAGAUUUAAUCAUCCAGUAGAAGUCCAGAAAGGGAAAAGGCCAUCUGGAAGAGAUACUCCUACAAGUGAGGGUCCAAAAGACUUUGAAUUUGCAAAAAAUGAGUUGCUCAUGGCACAGAGAUCACAACUCGAAGCAGAAAUAAAAGAGGCUCAGUUGAAGGCAAAGGAAGAAAUGAUGCAAGGAAUCCAGAUUGCAAAAGAAAUGGCUCAGCAAGAGCUUUCUUCUCAAAAAGCUGCAUAUGAAAGCAAAAUAAAAGCACUGGAAGCAGAACUGAGAGAAGAGUCUCAAAGGAAAAAAAUGCAGGAAAUAAAUAACCAGAAGGCUAAUCACAAAAUUGAGGAAUUAGAAAAGGCAAAGCAGCAUCUUGAACAGGAAAUAUAUGUCAACAAAAAGCGAUUAGAAAUGGAGACUUUGGCUACAAAACAGGCUUUAGAAGACCAUAGCAUCCGUCAUGCAAGAAUUCUGGAAGCUUUAGAAACUGAAAAGCAAAAAAUUGCUAAAGAAGUACAAAUUCUACAGCAGAAUCGGAGUAAUAGGGAUAAAACUUUUACAAUGCAGACAACUUGGAGCUCUAUGAAACUCUCAAUGAUGAUUCAGGAAGCCAAUGCUAUCAGCAGCAAAUUGAAAACAUACUAUGUUUUUGGCAGACAUGAUAUAUCAGAUAAAAGUAGUUCUGACACUUCUAUUCGGGUUCGUAAUCUGAAACUAGGAAUCUCAACAUUCUGGAAUCUGGAAAAGUUUGAAUCUAAACUUGCAGCAAUGAAAGAACUUUAUGAGAGUAAUGGUAGUAACGGGGGUGAAGAUGUCUUUUGUGAUCCUGAAGAUGAAUGGGAACCCGACAUUACAGAUGCACCAGUUUCUUCACUUUCUAGAAGGAGGAGUAGGAGUUUGAUGAAGAACAGAAGAAUUUCUGGUUGUUUACAUGACAUACAAGUCCAUCCAAUUAAGAAUUUGCAUUCUUCACAUUCAUCAGGUUUAAUGGACAAAUCAAGCACUAUUUACUCAAAUUCAGCAGAGUCAUUUCUUCCUGGAAUUUGCAAAGAAUUGAUUGGUUCUUCAUUAGAUUUUCUUGGACAGAGUUAUGAUGAAGAAAGAACUAUAGCAGACAGCCUAAUUAAUAGUUUUCUUAAAAUUUAUAAUGGGCUAUUUGCCAUUUCCAAGGCUCAUGAAGAACAAGAUGAAGAAAGUCAAGAUAACUUGUUUUCUUCUGAUCGAGCAAUCCAGUCACUUACUAUUCAGACUGCAUGUGCUUUUGAGCAGCUAGUAGUGCUAAUGAAACACUGGCUGAGUGAUUUACUGCCUUGUACCAACAUAGCAAGAUUUGAGGAUGAAUUGAGACAAGAAGUUAAAAAACUGGGAGGCUACUUACAGUUAUUUUUGCAGGGAUGCUGUUCGGAUAUUUCAUCAAUGAUAAAAGAGGCUCAAAAGAAUGCAAUCCAAGUUGUACAACAAGCUGUAAAGUAUGUGGGGCAGUUAGCAGUUCUGAAAGGGAGCAAGCUACAUUUUCUAGAAAACGGUAACAAUAAAGCUGCCAGUGUUCAGGAGGAAUUCAUGGAUGCUGUUUGUGAUGGUGUAGGCUUAGGAAUGAAGAUUUUAUUAGAUUCCGGACUGGAAAAAGCAAAAGAACUUCAGCAUGAACUCUUCAGGCAGUGUACAAAAAAUGAGGUUACCAAAGAAAUGAAAACUAAUGCCAUGGGAUUGAUUAGAUCUCUUGAAAACAUCUUUGCUGAAUUGAAAAUUAAAAGUUUCAGAAGGCAAGUACAAGAAGAAAACUUUGAACACCAAGAUUUCAAGAAGAUGGUUAAUCAUGCUCCAGAAUUCUUAAAGUUAAAACAUUGCUUAGAGAAAGCUAUUGAAAUUAUUAUUUCUGCACUGAAAGGAUACAGUAGUGAUGAAAAUCUUCUCCAGACUUGUGUUGAAAGUAUUCGCAACUUGGCCAGUGAUUUUUACAGUGACUUCAGUGUGCCUUCUACUUCUGUUGACAGCUAUGAGAGUAAAGUAACUCACGUUGUACACCAGGAACUAGAAUCUCUAGCUAAGUCUCUCCUCUUUUGUUUUGAAUCUGAAGAAAGCCCUGAUUUGUUGAAACCCUGGGAAACUUAUAAUCAAAAUACCAAAGGAGAACACCAACAAUCUAAAUCAAGCGGGAUUGAUGGCAGUAAGAAUAAAGGGGUACCAAAGCGUGUCUAUGAGCUCCAUGGCUCAUCCCCAGCAGUGAGCUCAGAGGAAUGCACACCCAGUAGGAUUCAGUGGGUGUGAAUACUGAUGUGUAGGCACUUUUAUGACCAC